GAACGACCAUUCACUUGCCCCAUUUGCAAUCGACGAUUCUCACAAAGCUCUUCUCUAGUCACACAUCGAAGAACGCACACGAAUGAGCGACCGUAUCAGUGUACCCACUGCGAUAAGAAAUUCACAGACAGCUCAACGCUUACAAAACAUUUGAGGACGCACACAGGACAGAAGCCUUACGGAUGCGAAGUCUGCUUUAUGCGUUUUACCCAGUCUGGCAACCUCCAUCGGCAUAUGAAAACGCACAAGAACCUCCAAUGAUU